AGCGACAUUCAUUCCAUGAGUAGGGUGUGAGGCAUUGUAUGAUUUUGCUCAAUAGAAAAAGCAUGGCUCUAGUCGCGUAAGCCCUCCUGCAAAUUAAUGGCAUAGAAAGGAGAAGUGACCGUACGAGUAUGACCCGGUGACCAAACUUCCGGGUGUUGCGAUCAUUUAAGUACCAGAUAGCCGGCCUGUGGCAAGCUUCUAUCCUCACCAAAAGCUCAUGAGCAUGAAGGAUUGCCAGCGAAAUCGACAGGAUCAGCCUGCGUCGCGUCGCAAUCGGCUUUGAAGAUUUCGGCAGAGACUCUCGUGCACGUUUAUUGGUGCGUGGACCUCAGGUUCCGCCGUCGUGCCGGCAACAGGUGGUGUAAGUCCUAAUCGUAAUCAAGAUCCUGGCGCCACUGACGCUCGACCCUCUCGUCGGGGAGGAAACGAAAGAACGACAGUGGAGGACCCGUUACUUCGCCUGCUCGGAUGGCCUUUCUGUUCAACAAGAUUUAUCGUGCUCCUGCUGCUCAAAGACACUGAAUCCCCCUCCGUUUCCCCAGAGUAUUGCCCGCCCGCGACCUUGCCAAAAAUAAGACCACGACGGACAACGACUGAAGAGCGAACGUCUCUUCACAAGACGCACGAUCUACUUAGCGACAUCUGCCAGCGCCGCCAGCAGUAGACCUAAACAAGUCAUAAGACGCGAACCCGAGGAAUACGACUAGAAAACAACCAGCAGAAGCGUUAUCUACAAGAAACCGCACUCAGGCUCAGCGACCUCACUGCAAGCGCUUCUGUUAGGGCAGAUUGAUUGCGACCACCUCAACAGAGCAGCUGGUGUGACGUCUACCUCCAACCGUUUGCGUUGAAGCUAGUAGUUCGACCUGCUCCCAAGCGCACCAGCUACGUUCCUAUCAACAUCCGGAGCGACGAGCUACAACGACCUACAACGCCCAAACCCAUAGAUACUCGCUUUGAGUCGGUUACGACCAACAUGAUGCGCGGAUCACCUGGCGCAGGCGGAGCGGCACCCGCCGCGUAUUCCGCUUCGUCGAGCAGUGCCGCGGCGACAAAUACCAUGCGGUACCGCGGCCAGGCCGACGUUUCUCCGGCGUUAAAGAAUCUGCAGCAGCGGUACGACCAGGAGGAGAAGAGAAUGGAGAUGAUCUGCAGGUUCGUUUUUUGCUGAAUCUUGCCCUAGAAAUAAAGUGUAAAAAUCGACCAGAACCAACUACAAUGCAACUUUCAUCUUCUAUUGCUUUUGCUACUAGCAACUCUUCUUCAAAAACAGGAGCACGACGUUGAUGCUCCUGCUCGACAAUUAGCUCUGAUGAAAAAAAUGUCCACCACUACACUUUCAUCAGGCUCGUUGUUGUUACCGGAUUGGUGGGCCUCGUUCUGUACCUGUUCAGUCCCCAGACAAACCUCCACCGCGACGACGACCUUUUCGACACAAGCAACCCCACCCCGCAGAUGUACGCCCACUUGCAGGACAGUGUGCGAUUCCAGCCCCAGACCGGCUGGCUCCCCGUGUCGCCAGUGGUGUUCUUUACCUGUCUGGCCGUCCUGAUCGCGGGCUACAACUUUGUGAAGGUAGAAGUAGUACACCGCCUUUUUUUAUUUUUGUCCUACAGUAGGAUAAGGAUAGGCAUCACCUCCACCCUUUAUUUACUUUCUCACUAGCACUGGAAGGAGGAUUUUUCGCCAGGGCGUUCUAGUAUCUACUUAGUAAUUUUCUCCUCGCCGUUCAGUAGCUGGAAAAGUAAUAUGUCAUGAUGAUACAAUCACAAAAUUUUACCAGGCUCCGCCAGCAGAGCAAUCAGGGCGACUGCCCGGUCAGGGUGUUCCUUCGUUUCAAAACGCCGGCGCAUUGGUUCCCGUACAGCAGAACAACGCACCCGUCGUGGACCUGCGGCCAGGCGAGGCAAACGGCCGCUCACUAUGGGGCAGCUCAAAUGUUGGGAAGCCGAACGCUCUGACAGCACAUCACCAGCACAUGCAAGGUAAAUAGUUAGUUUCAGUGCAACAUCUCGAAACUGAAACUUGAUAUCAUGGUAAGUUCGUGAUAGCAAAAAGAACAAAAACUCGAUCUCGAGAAUGUCGCAGCUGCUAGAAUGCACAACUACAAUGCAAUCUCCGCUGUCACACACAUUAGCGCAGCUUCGAGCGAUAAUACUUUUAGUUUUAUGUAAAGACCAAUAGAAUCCAAAUGGCUUUUCUUUACACUCCUGCAGGCACAGCUGGUGGUAGCGGGUCAUCGAGCAGCAGCGCGCCGCCGCCGGUUCCAAAUGGUUUCGCGGGCGGUCUGAGUCUCGGCAGCUUCUUCGGCGCAGCGAAAUUUGACGACCAAGGUGUGCGCACUGAGUUUCCCGCGGUCCCGUGGCUCGUCGGACAGCUUGAGAACAUGGUCCAGCAGAGCAUAAUACCGCCACUACUUCGUAUCAUCUGCAUUUAUUCAUCUUAACUACUUUUUGUAUUGCUAUGUUUAUGCCUGGUAUUUGAUGAUGUGAUGACGAUGAUGUUGUGCGCAUAUUUUUCUCAGGAUGAUGUGAAGAUAUCUGCUGUUGAAUUUGUUGAUCACCAAAAACUACAGAGCAACUCCGCGAGAGUGACGAGCUUUGGCAGCAAGGUUUGCGUCGCGUCGGCAAGACGCUGAGCUUCGAAGAGCCGAGCUCGCGCACCGGGGACCGGCAGAACGGCAACAUUCUCUCCGUGUUCGAUCGCAACCUUCCCGCUGAGUUCGCGUCAGACCAGAACGCGGUGCAGCUUUGGAAAAAGCGCCAAGAGAUGGAGGUGUACCUCUGCCACCCGUCUUUCCCCCUUGUAGCCCGAAACUACGUUCACUCCCGCCUCAUGCAGUGGGCCAGCGACAAUCUGACCUCCGCCUCCGGCCUGCGCUCGUUGCAGAGCAACGGCUUCAAGCGCAACUACCACGCGGAGCAGGCGGACCCGGCAACCGGCAUCACGGACUCACACAUUCUCGAAAAUUUACUCGUGAAAACGCUGGAAUCCCACCUGGGGCACCAAUUUGCAGCGAAGUACAUGGCUUCCACCUCGGCAAACGGCAGCGACGCGCACACCACCGCGGCCAGCCGCAAAAAUUUGUCUUUCCUGCCAUCCGCGACCAGUGCUGCCAGCUCCCUGGCCGCAACGGCGUACAACCACCUCGCGGGCAACGCCGCGGCGUCCAACGGCGUGCUGUUGCGGUCCUUCCGGCUUCCCAACGGAGGCAUCAGCUACGAAGUACUCGGCUCCCGGGUGUUCCGCCUGCAGAACCUGCUGGACGCCUUCGCUUUGUUCUUCUGGCUGAAGCGAACCGACGUCGACUGGCAGCAGUUUCCGCUGGGGAUCUUGACGGUGGUCCGCGACGCGGAGUCUAUGUUCGCUGCCACCGGGACAAAUGGCCCCGGCGCACCCGCGAUGAGCAAUCGCGCCCUUGACCAGGAAGAGCGGGAGAGACAGCGAAGGCAAGAGCUCAUGCAAGGAACGACGGCGAACGUUGGCACCUUACAGCAGCAGCAACAGCUUCCGGGCAACAACAUGCAGCAGCAGUUUCAGCAGCAGCCACUAGCAGGAACAAUAAACACGAUGGGCAUGAUGGGUAGCACAACGAUGAUGGGCAACCCUUCAUCUGGAGGGGCGUUCAUGCAGCCAUCGGCUCAAUUUCAACAAUACUCCGCGUUGAGUAACCAACCAGGAAUGACUGCGAUGGGAGGAGGCCAGCCGAUGUUUGCGGGCAACAAUAGCUCAAAUUUGUUCGCGGCCGGAGGAACCAACGCUGGCCUCAGUGGCAUGAGCGGAUUUGGGAACACGACGUUUGGUGGCGGAGGUUCAAUUUUCGCAGACAACUCGUUCUUUGGACAAGGAGCCUAUUCCAGAGGAAGAUGAGCUCGAGAUGAAACAUAAGCCAAGAGCUCCAAUGAAACACAUGAACAUCCUAGGCGCGCAUCUAUGCACGACAAGAAAAAAAAAAGAAAACAUUCGAGGGUGCUUCGAAGAAGCACGCUGAAGCCGAAGC